GUGAUGGCCCAGGCUAGCCGAGAUGAAGAGAUUGAGCUCGGAUGUGCUCGGUUGAGCGCACAAGUGGAGAGUCUAACAACACGCAUCGACCGUAUCCAUUCACAAGCUAGUGAGGCCUCUAUCCAUGAUCGAGAUGUCCCUGAGUUCACAUUUUCUCAAGAUUCUCCUCCCACGAUCGAGUUGGAGGGUUCACAUUCCGAGCCACCACCUUGUGCUACUGAUACAGAUGUAUAUAGUUUCACAUGCCCUACGGAUAUUCUCAUAUUUCCCGAGGUCGACUAUAGAGAGUUGGUGAACAAAGCUCUUCAUCAGUACUUCGAGAUUGUUCGUGCCCACACUCGCUUCUUCAAGAACACAGCCAUCUGUAUCCACCGUGUUUGCCUUCUUACCACACUGCCCAUGCUACCACUACUAGAGAAUACGAAGGUUAUUCUUUUUUUAAAAGAAAGUCUUUCUUGGAGUAUAUGUUUUCCUCUGGAUGACCGGAAGGGAUACCAUAAUCAUCCGAUGGUUUUGUAUCCCGAGGGUCAUCGACAGUUCAGCGGAUUGAGUGAAAAGGCGAGACAGAUCGUCCGUGACAUGACAGCUGCCCAGGCAAGACCGGCGUUAAUAUCGGCAGCGAUACAGGAGAAAUACCCGUCUGACAACGCGAUUCGUCAACAGGUUUACAACUAUAGGGCUAAACUCCGAUCAGAGAGUUUCGAGGGCAGAGAUGUGACUUCCCAGCUUAUGCAUUUGGCUAGCCGGGCUAAUUACAUAGUUUUCGCCGAUUCUGAUAAGGACAAACACACCUUGACACGUGUGUUCAUGUCGCAUCCCCAGUCAGCCCUUCUCUUUCAGACAUAUUAUAGGUACGUCGGUAUAGAUUCGACGUACAAAACCAACAG